UAUCUUAGCUACGUCUCUUGCUCACCAACCGGCAUACUGGAUGCCUCAAAACUUGCCUUGUAGUUACUGUAACGUUAGUGAUAUCUGGCGAUAUUGCAGCGCUCAUGAUGUUAUAUUUAAGCAGUCUAUAUGUGGCAGUAACUCUUGCUUUGGUACCAAGUAGUAUUGACGCUUUAAAAGACGGCGAUUGUGAAGUGUGUGUAAGUUUCCUUGGGAGAUUUUAUCAGUCGCUGAAAGACAAUGAUGUGAAGUUCAGCAGUGCAGAGAUUGAGAAGGCUUUCAUCAAAACCUGUAAGGAUGCCAAGGGAAAGGAGAAUAGGCUUUGUUACUACAUAGGAGCAACAAGCGACGCAGCCACUAAAAUCGUCAACGAGGUCUCCAAGCCCCUGAGUCACCAUGUGCCAGUGGUGAAGAUCUGUGAAAAACUCAAGAAGAAAGACAGUCAAAUCUGUGAGCUGAAAUAUGAGAAAGAGUUGGACCUAAGCACGGUGGAAUUGAAAACCCUAAAGGUGAAGGAGUUGAAGAAAAUCCUGGAGCACUGGGAUGAAACGUGUAAAGGCUGCGUGGAGAAGAACGACUUCAUCCGCAAAAUCGAGGAACUCAUGCCUAAAUAUGCUCCGAACGCAGCCAAGGCACGGACAGAAUUCUAACGUAGCUCAUUCUAUUGAAAUCCAGAUCGUUUUGGGAGAAGCUAAACGGUAUUGUGGGCUGAUGUUCACAACGCAGCAUUUUUUCUGAACCCUUACAGUCUGACAGUCUUGCGUAUCUUUGUAAGGAAUAGUCUCCUGAUUUGAAUGAGAGAGAAAGUUUUGCAAAACGUACUUGAUUUUUAUCACGAUGUACCUAUGUACAAACCGUAUGUUUAUCCCAGUUGUUCUAUAAUUUUUCAUUAAAAAACCAUAAAACCCGA